AUGCCAAAAUCCACGUGUUGCCACUCGCAAAUUUGCUUGUCUUCUUCCUCUCAUGCUCCUGUGGCAGGUUACAAACGCCCAAGCGAGCGGCAAAGGACUGCUGCGACGAAAUCAAACAGUCGAGCUUUCUCGGGAAAAGACAAACGUUUCCUGGACUCGAACUUGCAGGCUUUCCCUGCCCCUUUGAUACUACCUGGUGAUGACCUUGCUGGUGAUCCGGAGGAGUCACAAAGUUUCCAGGAGUGGGUGGACGGAGUGCGUAAUCCGGUCACCCCGAAGAGAAGGACAAUCUACGUGGUCCCCUCUCCUCCCAUCGACCCCGAGCUUAGUUCCAUACAAAAAUGGACACAGCCCAGGGGAAUGGGUAAUAGCCAUCAGAUAGUGCCUCCCAGCACAGAAGAUAUCAAAGAUUAUUUGGCUGCGUUUUAUCAUGAACUGCCCGUCAAAAUGAUGCCACCUUCUACACUACGCUUCACACCAUGGGACGAAGCCAAGAAGAAGUCCCGAAAGCCCGCUCGAGAGCAAUACCUUGGUUUAGAUAUCGGAGACGAGUGUGUGCGGAUUCGUGCACGCACUCUAUCAGAUGGAGUGUAUAGCGGCCAACUCAACCUCGACGACUUGCUUGAUGCAGCGAUCAGUCUCCUUCCGAAAGAUGCCUACGCCCUCAUAUUACUUGUUGACUUCGAUCUUUACGAAGACGAAGAUGACGAGUUUGUGUGUGGUCGUGCGUACGGAGGGAGCCGAGUUGCAGUUGUCUCCAGUGCAAGAUACAACCCUAGUCUUGACACUAUGCAACAAGUUGAGCACAUCCACGCCUGGCCCGCAUCUCAUUGUGGGAAAUAUAUGGCAUCGUGUGCCAUGGCAGAGCCGGCCUCGAAAAAGCCGAAACCCUCCCGGGCCGGUAGCAAGGCAUCAUCGGCGUCGAGUUCGGAACUUGAUGGACCAGUGACGGAUGCAGUAUUGGCCUACAAGGGCCUUCCAGAGGUUGUGUCUAGCUCUUCGUUGGUUUAUGCGCUUUGGCUAGGUCGAAUGUGUCGCACAGCAAGCCACGAGCUAGGUCACUGCUUUGGCAUCGCCCAUUGCGUAUAUUACGCAUGCUCAAUGCAAGGAAGCGCUUCUAUCUGUGAAGAUGCUAGGCAGCCUCCUUAUCUCUGUCCUGUAGAUCUCGUCAAGGUUCUGUCUGCCACAGGCAGCUCUGCGUCUGACCGAUAUGAGGCACUACUGACUUUCUGUGAACGGCCGGGAAAUGUAGGCACACAUUUCUUUGCGCCGUUUUCUGCUUGGAUUCGGAGCAGAAUUCGACAGAUUGAGGACUGUGCGAGUGCUGCCCACUGA